UUUUGGUUUGGGAAUUCAUUGUCCAUUUGUCCUCUUUAAAAACUGUGUCUACUUUCCUUCCUCCCUUUGAAAUAUUACUACUACCAUUCUUUUGACAUAGCAUCUUAAGUAGUUGAAAGAUGGAGCUAGCUUUGAGCUUAGGAGACACACCAAAACCCUUUUCUUUGUUUGAAAACCCAACAAAAUUACCUAACAAAGAUUCUUGCAUACAACUUGAAGAAGCUGCUAAAUCCUCAAACCAAAAUAGAGGUUCCUCAGAUUCUCCCAUUCAGCUCGACCUUCUUCCUUCAACACCUGUUCUUCGUUCCCACCCUUCUCCACUCGUUCCAAUCCCCUGGCUCAACGAUGCACUGGGUAUGGAACCGGCGAGGGUGUUGGAUAACGACGAAGGAGAAUCACCCAAUAGUGGUGUGUCAUGUUUUCAGAUGGAAUUCUGUAUGAUGAAUGGUGCUGGAAGAAACAGUAGUCGUGAGGGGGGUGCGGAUAGAAAUAGUACUAGCGAUGAUGAUGAAGAAGAAAAUGGGUCCACUCGGAAGAAACUCAGACUCUCUAAGGAUCAAUCAGCUUUUCUUGAAGACACCUUCAAAGAACACACCACUCUCAAUCCCAAACAGAAACUUGCUCUUGCAAAACAAUUAAAUCUUCGUCCACGUCAAGUAGAAGUUUGGUUUCAGAACAGAAGAGCAAGGACAAAGUUAAAGCAAACGGAAGUGGAUUGUGAGUACUUAAAGAGAUGUUGUGAGAGUCUAACAGAAGAGAAUAGAAGGUUACAAAAGGAACUUCAAGAAUUGAGAGCUUUGAAAACUUCUAAACCAUUCUACAUGCAACUUCCAGCUACCACACUCACUAUGUGUCCUUCUUGUGAAAGGGUCGCCACCAACACCACCGGAACCGCCCUCACCAACAAUAAUAAUGCUUCUCAACUCUCUCUUCGUAAGCCCACAAUAUUCUCAUUACCUAAUGGACAGGCCCACACGCAGCAGGCCCAUUAAAUUUCCCAAUUUUCCUAUUUUAGAUCAAUUAGAGAGAUAUACACAAACAACAUUCCACUUCACGCACCCCCCUUUUCUUUUUCUUUUUUCCAUUUCUGUACAGUUUCUUUUCCUAAAAUUUUUUCCUUGUUCUUUUAUUCCUUUGUUUUGUUCGUUAUUAUUAGCUUAAGAGUUAUUUUUUUGUUGUUGAAACUAUUAACUUAAGUGUUAUUGAUGGAAAGAAUUACCUUUUUUGUUUGAUCAAUCAAGUACAAUUGAUUUUGUCCAUGGAAACAUGAAAUGAAACCCAUGUUUUAUUUCUUUA